GUGGCAGUCUGCUUUUGUAAAGCUUAUUGCCUUGGAAACCCUAUGAGAAAGUUCUACUCUGUCUUAUAGUGUCGCUAUGAAUUGGACUCGGUUGGACAGCAAACGGUGGUGGUGGUGGUGGUAGGGGUUAACAAGGAGUCCUGGUGGGGAAAUGGUUAAGUGCUUGGCUGCCGGUGGAAAUGUGGAUGUUCCGAAUCCACCAGCCCCUCUGAGGGAGAUAAGAUCUGGUGAUCGGCUCUAGUUCUAUCCUGUCAUAUGACUCAGAAUCCACUUGACAGUACACAAGGGCUUAAGAGUUGGGUUGACUACAGAGGAAUGGCAUGAGGGGAUUUUGUGGGGGUGUUUGAACUGCUGUACAUCUUGAUAGCAGUGGUGGUUACAUGAUUAUGCAUUAGUCAAAACUCAAACACCGAAAUGAAUGAAUUUCACUGUAUAUAAAUUAAAAAAACAAUUUAAAGUAAAUGUGGAGGCAUAAAGUAUUCUUUUGCUGGAGGGGAGUGGGGAGAGGUAACUGUGUGGUAGGCGUUAAAGCUCGAUAGUUAAAUUGCUUAUAGAUUUGUCUAGAGCCCUGAAGCCAAGGUUAAGAAAUUAGAUUUAUCCUCUAAGCUAAAGUAUUUGAAUGUAGGAACAGUAAAAUGAAAAUGAUGGCCCGAGACAUCACCACCAAACUUGGAACCAGGAAGAUGGCAGAGACUGACCCCAAGAUCAUGACGGAUUUCACCUCAGUGGUCCAGACACUGCUGCAACAAAUGCAAGAUAAAUUUCAGACUAUGUCUGACCAGAUCAUUGGAAGAAUUGCUGACGUGAGUAGUUGCGUUGAUGAUCUAGAGAAAAAUAUUACAGACUUCAUGACCCAGCUGGGGCGGGAAGAACUGGAAGGUGAAGACAAGAUCCCUGCCACACAAAAGAGUUGAAGUUCGCUAAUAAUUUACACAGAUUUGGAACACUGUUUUUACAAGCCAAGAGAAGGCUGAAUGGCCUUUUGCACCUAACUAGUAUGUGUAGAUUGACUCGACGGCACUAGGUUGUUUAGGUUUUUAGUAUGUGUGGACAGGUUUUAUAAGUGUGCAUUCUUACUGUAAAUCAUAUAGUUCCUUUUCAGAGUUAUCUUUUUCCCUCAGUUUCUUGAACAUGGUAACUUCACAUCUUGGACCUUGGUUGAUUGUGCUAUUAAAUAUUAAACACUA